UCUUUUGUUGGAGAAUUGCCUGUACGGUUGACAGCAUCGUCGAAAGUCGCUCAUUCUUCUUUCUUUGUUUUCUUUUUUUUUUUUUUUUCGAACUACCCUUUGCGACCAGCGCUCCAGUGCGGCGCCCGCAGCUCAAAUGAAUUCCGUACGGCAGUCAUGUCGACCGAAACACCAGGUCUUGAUCUUGAAGUGUUACCCACGCUAUCAGAAGGGCGUUCAAGAAGUAAAACCCAAUUCGAGCGAACUUUCCUACCUUCUUUACUAUGCCAGUACGCGUCGCAGCAAGCUCCAGAAAGUGGGUGCCUUUCUGGAGAAGAGAACCGCUAGGGACGUCUGGAGAAGCAAGAUUGGCAAUGUCCAGGUCACCCUCCAGAUCCUAACGGCGCUUAUCGAAAAGACACCUCGCGACUUGUCACUAUAUGCACGAUCAGUCCUGACGGUCAUCGAGACAGUUCUCCGCUCAAAUGACAUAUCAAUGGUGGAAGAGACAAUCCCGACAUUUGACAUGUUUUGUCGCCACCAGGAUAUUGCUACCUUAUCAGCGGAACACGAGUACGCGACCCAAUAUCAUAAUAUCGUUCGUACAUAUGCGGCCUUUGCAUCACCGGAUCCUUCGGCGCAUACAAAAACGCCGCUGAGCACCCCGCUAGCUAUACGUUGGAGAAAUGCAGGUCUGCAGGCAAUCAAGAGCGUCGUCGGUUCAGAAGCAUUGGCUACAGAUGGCGGGACGCAGCUGGAGAUAGUCGUCCCAGUCAUCCUAAGCAAUCUGUACUCUGGAGGGGAGGAUGUUCUCGUCUCAAUUCAAACGAAGGCCGAUGACCUCGAAAAGACCGAACGGGAACAGGCGGGCCGCCGGAGGAUGAGCUCUGCGACUGUGCAGACUGUGGAUACAGCUGAUGGCGACCCAGUUACAGCAUCAGGGACCGCUGCAGAUGCAGACAAAGCAGCCGAGGUUGCGGUGCGCGUUCUUGCCUUGCGAUGUCUUGAGCGUAUAUUUUUAUCCGGGAGCAACAAGGGCCAGAUACGCAUUGCGACAAAUCUAGUCUUGCGGUUUAUCAUGACUACGAACCUUCGGCAGAACUCUCCAAAAGAGGAGGCUGCAGUCAGAGAUCUAGACGGCAACUGGGCUACGUCCCUUAUCGAACUUAUCGCCAAGUGGUGUCCUGUGCAAGACCGCUUUAUCAUCUUGGUUUCCGCUAUGGAGAUGCUGGUCGACAUGCCAGCGGCAGAAGAUAAACUGAAUCAGCAACUGACGCUAGCGUCCAUGGUCGACUGGCUUCUGAAGUCCCCUGUCAAUAUGAUCGGUCUCUCUGUCAUUGAUGUACUCCAGGGACUCGUCAAGAGUAUCCUGCGUCUACUUCAAGUGCAGACGCCCCCAUCAUCAGCUGCGCAGAAGGGACGAUCAGAGGGCGCUGAAACUGUCGCUGCUACUAGAUCGAGUCAAGCUCUGUCUCCUAUUAGAGAGGCGUUGCUAACCAAACUGCAAGAAUGCAUCGGUGAUCUUGUGACGCAUAUAUACUACGGAAAUCAAGUCUCAGACAUGAUUCGGGCGAUUCUCACACGUCUCAAGCCGUCUUCCACCCUCGGGAUGUCCGCUGCUUCCGCUGUGGAAGACCCAUCCGAAGCAGUCACGACGAUUGCCAACUCUACGGGUUCACAAGAGGAUCCGACCACAAACGCGUUCUUCUCGUUCCCGGCUGCCAGGGUAACCGCUCUGAAAGCUGUUAAAAACAUCCUAGUCGUCGCGAAUGUAAGAAACCCAGCCGCCACAGCUGGUGUCGAAUCGCGAAACAAGGUCGGAAUAGAGGUCUGGGAGGGUACGGAAUGGCUGCUUCGUGAUCCUGAAAGUGAUGUUCGUAGUGCAUAUGUGGAUGCUGUCGUCACAUGGCUUCAGCUGGAGACCAGCAAGCGCGAUCUGAGGAUCAAAAGCGAACCGAAAAGACUUCCAAGGGUUCGCUCCAGAUACGAUAUGUCUGAUAACGCUGACAGGUCUUCGAAGCGAGUUGUGUCAGCAGCGUCGUAUCGCGAAAAGGUGCCCACUACCUCGCGGACGAAUUUCCUCCAGUUGCUCCAUCUUGCAGUGUACGAAAAUUCUCUUGACUAUGGAACAAUGAGAAGCGACAUCCUUCUAUUGCACCUACUUUUGUCUGGGCUCAUCCAGAACCUUGGUGUCAACGCUGUGAGGUUCGGUUUACCCAUGAUUUUACGGCUCCAGGAUGACAUGUCGACAUCUCAGGCCUUGAAUUCUCCGGCCGCCAAAGUCAACGUGGGCAGCCUUGUUUACGGCUACCUGUGGGCCUUGUGCGAAUAUCUGAACUUCGACUCAUCUAAGAUCGGUCACGACGUUCACCGAGAAAUAUCCAAGAGGCAGAAGUUGGGUCUCUGGCUUGAUGGAGUCAAGCUUCCUCCGCUUUCACCUGACCAUAUCUCUCCUGGCACGGCCAAUGGAGCAGGUAGCGAAUACCCUGAAGUUGCGGGCUCCUUGCUCCCUUUCACGGGUGUCGAAGACCUCGUUCGCCAUGUCGAAAACGCCUAUAACGAAGCCAUUCUGUCUUCUCCGCAUAGUCCACCCAGUACGCCUGGACUGUCAUCUGGUGCCUCUCCAUCACGAGCAUCUGCCGCAAAGCGGCCGGAUCAAGACCUGCUUGCUUCUGACGUCAAAGAAGAAAUGCUUUCGCAAUGGUCAAAAGAAGCUUGUCUGGCCAAUGUGGAAAAAGAGAGCGCGACUACGCUGUCAAUCAGUGGUUCCAAGACGGGAACACUCGGUGGUCGUAGCCAUCUCUACACCAAUGGUGUAGCAAAUAUCUCCAUCACUGGCACAGGCUCGCACACUUCUGUGCACCAUGGUCAUACUUCCGCAACAUAUAGCCCAGAGGCUGCCGGUGGUAUAACAGAUGAGCGACGUACCAGUUUUCCGGAAGGGCUGCAUACGCCCGCCACUGGCUCCAGCAGAGACUCUACACUCCGUGUCAACGAUCUGAGGCGCGCUCUAUCUGUCACCAGUAAUGGCAAUGUCCGGCGCUCCAGUCCUUUGCGCGGACGCCUUGAUUUGUCUAGCAGCAGUGGUAAGAGCUCCAGCAGCGAGAGCAUGGUUAGCGGUACCUUUUCUACUUCAGAUAUGGGCGAGCGACGUCCUAGCAGACCACAAUCUCUGAGAGAAGGAAGCUUCAGGUCUGAGAGGGAGGGAACAGAGACCCCACGAGCUUAUGCAACAAACAUUGGACAUUUGGAUCACAGUCGACGGGAUAACUCGCUACCUACGAAUCGGUAUACCUCCGAUGGUAUUCCACCUGUUCCUCCACUGCCCCCGAACCUGGCUAUUCCUGGCGGGUACCCCGAUUCCAACCGCCCAUCGACGGCUCCAUCUUUCGGCACAAGAGCUUCAUCCAAAGGUCGCUCUGAUACUUCAGCCUCAUCCCACCAGCGUCCAUCCUUGAAUAAGCAGAAGACAAGGUCCAGUACCGGUCUAUCAUCUGUCGCGGGCAAUGCCAACUACGAGAAUCAUCAUCAGGAAUCGGGUAUUUUGCCCAAUGUCGAUGAUGAUUCGGAACUGACUACAAGUGCCGAACAACGCGCUGAAGUUGAGGAGCUGUUGGACAUCGUACUUCCUCGUAACGGCCGCAAGGAAGACAGGCAGUACAAUGGCAAGCCCCUUGGUCCCGGACCGACUCGUCCCUUGAGCUCCGAGGUCAAAUCACCUGUCGCAAACCGUGAUAGCGGGAACUACAGCAUUAGUCGAGGGACAGUUGGCAGGAUAGGACGACCGCCUUAUUAAUGGAUGUGGUUUAUAUAGCGUGGGACUUGGGAUCGGACUAGUGUCCCUAUGUUUAGUACAUUCGUUUCGUUCAUGUUACUCUUUAAC